AUGAAUUCUGAAUACUACUCGGGUGCCACUAGUGGCCCUUAUGCAACUACCAAUACAAACGAUCUUCCGGACGAUUUUAAAUAUUCAGUAAAAGUCAUCUCAUGUGAACCAGAAGUUAGAUUGAAAUUCCAACGAAAAGUAUAUUCCAUACUGAUAAUACAACUGCUCAUCACAUUCCUAUACUCACUAGCAGUAUUGAACCUGCCAUACUUGCAGAAUUUUAUGGUCAACCACAGAGGUAUAUUCAUACUUUCCACAAUAAUAUCACUAGUCACUUGCAUAUGGUUGUCCUUUGCUCCAAACUCUAAUACCGAAGAUGACGAUAUAUCGCAAUCUUUCAUGCCAAAUACCGGAGAUAGCACUUUGUUACAACACAGAAAUUCUAAACCAUGGUACCAUCUAGCCUCAAAGAAGGCCCAGUUUACUGUGCUUAUGAUCUUCACAUUCGCUGAAGCGUACUCCAUGUCUAUAGUCACACUGACUUAUGAUUCAAAAACAAUAUUGUCUGCUCUGCUCAUCACUUUGGUUGUUGUGGUCGGUGUCACUGUCUCUUCUCUGUCACCAUUGUUUCAGGUGUCAAUGAACUCACUAACUUCAGUAUAUUACUGGCUAAAUUGGGCUUUAUGGUUGAUGAUUGGUGUGGGAAUCUCUACUCUGUUCUUUGGAGGAAUGGGUGGGUUUUCUAAUUUGAUCUUCGGUUGGUUUGGUGCUUUUGUUUUCACUAUAUACUUAUUCAUUGAUACACAAUUAAUUUUCAGAAAGUGUUACAUCGACGAUGAGAUUAAAUGUUGCAUGAUGUUAUACUUGGAUAUUAUUAACCUGUUCCUUUCCAUUUUAAGGAUCAUGUCGAAUAGCAAUGAAGAUUAA